AUGAAUGAAAAGAACCAGACGUUGGUCAGUAAGAUUGUUCUCUUGGGGUUUCAGAAUCUCCACAACUUCAAGAUUCCAAUUUUCUCUCUGUUCCUUCUGAUUUACAUUAUGACAGUUUGGGAGAACGUCCUCAUCAUAGUGUUGGUGUCAACCAGCCGGAACCUCCAGUCCCCCAUGUACUUCUUUCUCCAACAGCUGUCCUUCUCAGAUCUACUGCAGACUGCAACUGUUGUACCCAGCCUGCUCCAGUCUAUAAUUAAUGAUGGAACUAAAAUGUCCCUUGUUGCCUGUGUCUCUCAAUUUUAUUUUUUUGCUGCCUCAGAAACUUUUGAGUGUUUGCUUCUAGCAGUAAUGUCCUAUGACAGAUAUGUGGCCAUCUGUAUCCCACUGCGUUACACUUCUAUAAUGUCCCGCCGGGUUUGUGUUAAAGCAAUUCAUGGGUCCUUGGUACUUGCUCUUAGCUUUGUACUCAUAACUGCAAAUGCUGCAGGUGCCCUACAGUUCUGUGACCAAAAUACCAUGAACCAUUUCUUCUGUGAUGUAUUACCUCUGUUAGAACUUUCCUGCUCAGAUACUUUCUUUGUGAAAUUAGAAAUAACCAUUCUGUCUAUCCCUGUGGUUAUUUGUCCCUUUAUACUGAUCAUUGUAUCAUAUUUAUGUAUUGCCCAUGCAAUCCUAAAGAUAGUGUCCACUACCGGGAGACAAAAAGCCUUCUCCACCUGCAGCUCCCACUUGGCUGUGGUCUCCAUAUUUUAUGGGACAUUAACUGUUAUUUAUGUGGUUCCCCCUAGAAACCAAUCACAGACAAUUAACAAAAUGAUCUCUUUGUUAUAUACUGUAGGGAUCCCUUUGGUUAACCCAGUUAUUUACAGCUUGAGAAAUAAAGAGAUGCAUAGUGCCCUUAAACACUUAUUAGUAUAUGAAUAA